AUGUCGAACCGGAGGCCUUCGGGUCCAGUUUCUUGGAGUUCACGGUUUCAGAGCCGAGUGGCGACGUCAUCAACGGAAGCAGAAUAUCAGUCUGACUCAUGCGUCUCGAGGGUGUCAGUUCUUGCAGAAUUUGCUCGAGGAAUUGGGGAUCACGAUUCGCGCGCCGAUCGAGUUGAAAGGCGAAAUUCAGGGCGCUCUCACAAAUAAUCUGGUGUUCCAGGAUCCAAACAAGCGCCUACUACGUCAGACAGCGAUUUGUUCAAGGACGGGUAUGAGAAGGUGACAAUAAUCUUCGACUAUCUUCCGAUCGCCGAGAUGCUCGCCGACAUGUUUACGCAGACGUUGACGCGAUCGGCACUUGAGAUGCAUAUGGGGGCGGGGAUCAUGCAGGUUGAAGUUGGAGCGAGGGAGGGGGGUGAGACACUUGAGAACAAUGCCCGCUACAUGCGCGGCCUGUCUUCUGAUUCGAGCGAUUAA